AACAGUCGAGAACCUAUAUAUUCUAUGCAUUUUUUGGAGUUAAUCUUCAGAUUUUACUGAUAAAGAUGAAGAAAAGAGUUAGAAUAUGGAAUUUUGGCAGGGAUAGAAUUUAUAAUAGCCAACUGUAUGCCCAUGGGUGCACUUGAUGCCCUCUACGAGAGUCAACAGCUGAGGAUGUGUAUAUUCUAUGCAUUGGAGCUGCAGAUAAAGAUAAAAAAAUAGUCAGAAUAUGGAGUCUUGACAGCAAUAAUAUCUAUAGUUUAUGCAGUUCAAUGACUAUAUAAUAAGACACAGUCCCUAAUCCAAGACAGCUUGUUUAAACCGGUAGUUCUACAUUUGAACAAAGGAUGUUGAAAAAGGGUUCAAGUGAGAGUUUUAUUUCAGUAACUUUAUUGAUCAUAUACUGUGGGUCAGUCGCUGGAACUAGAACAACGUUUUCUGAUGUCCUGGCGGCAUUGCCCCUCCCAAAUGGUGAUGGCAUCUGCAAGUCAAUGGUUGAGAGCCGGGGCUAUGUCUGCGAAGAACAUACGGUAACUACAAAGGAUGGUUAUAUUCUCAGCAUUCAGAGAAUUCCAGUGGGGCAGACAGGCAAGGUUUCAGGUAACAGGAUACCAAUUCUGCUGCAGCAUGGGCUCCUAAUGGAUGCAAUAACAUGGCUGUUAUUGGCCCCAGACAAGGCUUUGGCAUUCCUCUUGGCCGACAAUGGAUUCGACGUGUGGCUUCCCAGCACUCGAGGAACCAAGUAUAGCAGAGGCCAUACAUCACUCAGCCCAGAUGACAAAGCCUACUGGGAUUGGUCCUGGGAUGAAUUGGUACUUAAUGAUCUUCCAGCAACAAUUGAUUAUGUACAUGAUCAAACAGGACAGAAACCGCACUACGUCGGGCAUUCACUGGGAACCCUGAUUGUUCUGGCUGCGUUUUCCAAGGAUCAGCUUAUAGACAAGGUAAGAUCAGCUACAUUGCUUUCCCCAGUUGCUUAUAUGGGUCAAGUGACUUCUCCACUUGCACGAAUUGCUGCGGAGAAAGAGAUUGCUGAGGCUUUAUACCGGUUGGGUAAACAUGAAUUUGAUCCAAGGGGGGAAGCUGUAAUCAAAUUUUUCAAGGUUAUUUGCAAAACACCAGGUGUUGACUGCACAAAUCUGUUAACCUCUUUCACAGGUAAGAAUUGCUGCUUGAACUCUUCGAUCGUAGAUGUUUUUCUCGAGAAUGAGCCUCAGGCAACAGCAACAAAGACUAUGGUCCAUCUAGCUCAGAUGAUUAGACAAGGAACUAUUACGACGUAUGAUUACAAGGAUAAAGAUGAGAACGAGAAACACUACGGACAGGCGACUCCUCUGGUAUACAACAUGACAAGCAUUCGGAAAGACGUUCCUCUAUAUCUCAGCUACGGUGGUGCAGACGCUCUUGCUGAUGUAAAAGACGUACAGCUCUUGCUCGACAGUCUGAAAGAUCAUGACAGAGAUAAGAUGGUAGUUCAGUAUAGAGAGGAUUAUGCACACGCAGAUUUUGUUAUGGCGGAAAAUGCCGAGGAAGUUGUGUAUGAUCCUUUAAUAGAUUACUUGAAACAACAAGGUUGAUUUGCUUGAAAACAAGU